GGGCGCGUAGUCUCGCGCCGACCGCCCUCCGGCCCAGCCAGGCGCAGCCCCAGCAGACACCCAGGGGAGCCCUACGCAUGGACGCGCGCGGGAGGGCGGGCCGGGGCCAGGCGGGCCCUCCACGACCAUGACCUCGUGACCAGGCCCGGAGGCGGGCGGAGGCGGGGCGCCGCCGCGGCGUGCGCCACCACCGCGAGGCACUCCUUGGAGCCGGCCAGGCCUGGCGGCCGCCGCCGUAGCGCGGUGACAUGGGCAACCAAGCGACCAAAGAGUAUUCGAAAUACCACCGACACGCCGGCGCCGGCAGUAAGAAGAACGUGCACUGGGAGGAGGCAGAGCGGCCGCAUCCUCCCGGACAGCCGCUGCUGGUGCCCGCCAGCCCCGGGGCGCAGAAUGACGUCGUCACUGUCCGCUGGGACCCACCCAUCAGCGAUGGAGGCACCACCAUUACGGGCUACCUGGUGGAGCACCGGCGCACGGGCUCCCCGCACUGGGUGCGCGCCACCCCCGGCGUGGUGUCCCGCUGCCAGCUCACGCUGUCGGGGCUCGAGCCGGGCUGGCGCUACCAGUUCAGGGUGUUUGCCGAGAACGGCGCGGGCCGCUCGGACCCGUCUGCCGUGUCCGAGCCGCUCACCGUCACCCUGGCCAAGGGCGUGGCCACGGCGCCGCACUUCUCCAAGGAGCUGCAGGACACGGUGGCCCUCGAGAACGAGAAGGUGGAGCUGACGGUGCGGGUGACGGGUACCCCCGCGCCAAAGAUCUCCUGGUUCAAGGACGGCCUGGAGGUGUUCUCCGGACGGCGGUCGCGCGUCGUCACGGACGGCGAGGGCACCGCCAUCACCAGCACCCUCAUCAUCCACCAGGCGGCGCUGGCCGACGAGGGCGAGAUCAAGUGCGCCGCCACCAACAGGGCGGGCCACGCGGUCAGCAAGGCGAGGCUCCGGCUCGAAGCACCCCCGUCCAUCCGCCUGCCCCGGCAGUACGAGGAAGGCUUGCUGUUCGAGCUGGGCGAGGUGAUCCGCGUCAAGGUCUCGGUGGCGGGUCGCCCCGCGCCCCGCUUGUCUUGGCUGCACAACGGCGAGGUGAUGCGCCCCGGCCCGCGGCACGAGCUCACCACCACCGACAAGGGCGCGUCCCUGAGGGUGUCCGAGGCCAGGCGGUCAGACCGCGGCGAGUAUCAGGUGCGCGCCGUCAACCAGCUCGGCGAGGACGUGGCGGCCUUCCUGGUCACCGUCACAGACCGACCUACGCCGCCGGGGAAGGCCAUGGUGGCCAUGACGCUGGGUCGUUCCGUCACACUUACCUGGGGACCCCCGGAUGACGACGGCGGCUGCAAAAUUGGAAACUACAUCGUCGAGUACUACAGGAUGGGCUGGGACAUGUGGCUCAAGGCGGCCACGUGCCGACAGCUCAACACCACGCUGGGCGACCUCAUCGAGGGCUCCGAGUACAAGUUCCGCGUCAAGGCGGAGAACCCGUACGGCGUCAGCGACCCGGGCGACGAGUCGGAAACCAUCUUCAUCCCCGACCCCAAGAGAGGGAUUAGCGACCCCCCGCAGAGAACCGUGGACGGCUCGGAGAAGGGGAGCGACUGGUGGCACGACAGGAAACGUCACCGGGAGGACGGCGACGAGGCGCAGGACGAGAAGAAGGCCCGCGCCGACGACGGCGGUGGUGGAGGGACACCGACUCGCAAGCGGCCGCCGCCACUCAGCAUGGAGCUGGAGGACGUGUCACCCAUCCCGUCCCCGGUGCCGCGCGCGAGCCGCGCCCCGGAGAAGACCCUGUCCCUGCCCAGGACGAGGAGCGCCGCCCCGGGGGCCGGGCGGGCCGGGUCGCCCCGGAGGGAGGUCCCCCAGGGCGCCGGGGCGCCGGAGCCGCCCAAGCGCCGCAACCGCAGCGUGCCGCGGCGCGGGGACUCGGUGUCUCCGGAGCCGGACUCGCUCAGCAGCUACCUGCCGACGACCCCGGACGAGAUGGGCGUGGUGAAGGGCCGGCUGUACGGCAUCCACCUGUCGACGGACAGCGUCCGCGCCAAGCAGACCCACGGCGGCAUAGAGGAGGUCAUCUACCCGCCGCUGCCCAGCCCGCGGCCGAGCCCGGCCACCAGCCCCGCGCCCAGCAGCCCGAGCCCGCGCCACAGCCCGCGCCGCAGCCCCAUCGGCGGUGGUGAGGUCGUCACCAAGCCCGAGUCCAACGGGGUGCUGGACCUGCGCCAGGUCGAGGAGUACGCCAACAAGUACGAGGCCAAGCUUAUGGAGCUGGAGCGGCGGCAGCGGGAGCUGGAGGAGCGGGGCAGGCAGCGCCAGCUAGAACUAGAACGGGAGCAGAAGACAGAGAUGGACCGUAUGCGGAGGGAGAGGGACGAAGAGAAAGAGGAACAAAAAGCCCGCGAAAGAGAGAGAGAAAAAGACAUCGGCCAGGUCACUAGAAGGAAGUCGGAUGCGGCGGCCGCCGUUCAAAAUAAAGACGGAGGGAAGACCACCGCCGGCGCCGUUCAAGGCCAAGACAGGCUGUUCCCCAGGUCAGAGGAUGGCUCCGUGACCGGCGACUCUUCGGAGUUCCUUCUCGUGCUUCUACCGAAUAGCCGUGCUGCUACCGAGGAAAGGGAGGGGUCCCGGUCCCGGUCCGUGGACGCUGCUGCCCUCCGGAGAAGCGUGGAGGGCGAUGGCGAGGCCUCGGUGGCACCGCCGAUGUCGCUGUCGGCGCCCGAACUGGGCGCCAUCGACCCGGACGUGCCCUUCAUGCGCAACGCCGUCAGCUCCACGGAGCUGCUGCACGAACGGGCCAUGGCGCGCUUCUACCAGGAGGUGGCCGAGGAGGAGGCUGAGAAGGCGCGCCGACGACGCAUGAGCAUCGAGCGGCGUGUCAGCCUGGAGCGGAGACUCAGCAUCGAGCGCAAGAACAGGGAGCGCCUCAAGGGCCGUAUGGACUCGGUGGACGAAGACGCCGAGGAAGAGAUCCCCGUCAACUUCAAGCGCUUCGCCGCGGCCAGGCCCAGCGACGGUUCCGCUCCUCCACCCGCUCCCGAUGCCAAGCCAGCGUCUACCAAAAGGGUCAUGACCUCGGAGGAGCGCGAGCAGGCCGAGUUCGCCGCGCUAAGGGAUAGGCUGAACAGAGUAGCCAAGGACAGCGCGGAGGACACGCGCGUCGUGCGCAGGACGCGGAGUGAGGAGGAGGAGGAGGAUGUCGACGACUACCUCGAGGACGAGGAAAUGGAGGAAGAGGAGGAUGAACUUGGGGAAGAAGAGGAGGAGGAAGACGAAGACAGCGAGGACCUUGCGGAGGACGAGGACAUGCCUCUGGAGCAGCCCGAGGAAGAGUCCGAGGAAGAGACCUACCACCCCCGCUUUGGCGGGCGCUCCUUUGCGGCCGCCGUGGACGACACACCGCCCACCCCACCUCCGCACCGGAAGGUUUCCGAGCCUGAGCUGUUCAUUCCAAAGGCAGAGACAUACACCACUAUGACGGAGCACGACAACGUGGCCAGCGUACUGCUCACCAAGCGACACUCGCCCGUCAAGGGCGAUGUCAAGCCCAAGCCCAUCCUGAAGAAGCGCGGCAGCGUGCGUAGGAACAGCAAGAGCCCCGGAAGCAAGAGUCCGGGAAGCAAGAGCCCACGCAGCAAGAGCCCGGGCCCGCUCAGCCCACUGCUUAAGGCCAGAGAUAAGCUGAGGCACGGGGAACGACGCAAGAGCACCGAUUCUCAGGACAGCGACAAGUCGGAAAAGCGUCGCCUAAGCAAGAUGUUCAAACCCAUCAAGAGAGAGGACGACUCCGAGCCGGACGCGUCUCCCCCGGUCAAGCUUCGGUCCAAGCCCGACAGGCCUCCCGUCGAAGAGUCUGUCGCCGACCCGCGCACCGGGUCCGGACUCACAGUCUCGCCCGAGGCCGACCUGGGCAUCUCGGCGGCAGAGGCUGCCCGCAGCAAACGGGGACUGGCCGCCCCACGAAAAGACUCACUCAAGGAUGAGGCCACCAAUGUCGUCAUUAGCCACUAUAGCGAGCUCGUGCGGACCUACGGGUCGGCAAACAAGCCGCAGCAGCCCAAGUACCUCACCUACGACGAGCUGCGGGCGCGCGCCGAAACCGCAAACGGUUCGGCGGAAGCCGUGGGGCCCGCCGAGCCGCAGCGGGCAGUCCUGUCAAAGUCUUCGCCGCCACCGCCGCCCCAACCUGCCCAACCGGCCCCAGCCCCAGCACCUGCGGCGGCCCCGGUCACAGCCAGCACCGCGCAACAAACACCAGAGCCGGUGGCCACCCCCGUCACCAGCAGCAGCGUUCGCGAAGACCUCCUCGCCCGAAGGGAGUCCAGGAGAGAUCCAUCCGCGACGAGAAAAGACCCCGCUUCAAGGCGGGAGCCCAGCUCCACGCGUAGAGAGCCAUCUGCGGCGAGGAGGGAGGCGUCCGCUGCGAGGAGGGAGCCAUCGGUGUCUAAGAGGGACACGUCCGUCUCGUCGUCUAGGCGGCGGGAACCUUCUGUUGCGCGGGAGCAGUCUGUCCCCAGGAGGGACGCGUCCCUCUCCAAGAGGGAUCCAUCAGUGUCGAGGAGGGACGGCUCGACGAGCCGCAAGCGGGACGGAUCCGUCUCCAGGCGGGACGGCUCGGUGGUGCGCCGUAGUAAAGAGGCACUCGGUGCCGUGGGUCGCGAUAGGACGUUGUCGGAGAGGUCCUCGGUGCACCGGUCGCACACCUCGGUGGCCAGCAGCACGCUGAGCGACGACCUCCGACCGCGGACGCCCGAAGAGGAGCUAGAGCUAGUGCGCCGCGCCGAGGAGAGCGUCAAGUCCACCAUCAGCUACGCGACGGACCUCGGCAUGCUGGUGCUCGCCGUGUGGCUCUUCCUGUUCAGCAGCGAGCUGCUGGCCCUCCCCGUCCUGGCCCUACUCGUGUACCGCCAGGUGAAGGAGGAGGUGCGGCGCCGCACCCCGGCCUGGCUGGUGCGCUUCACAGCUCGCCUCAGGGCGCUGGGGAAGCCCAAGCCCGGCACAGCCCAGCCCGCCGCGGCCAACUUAUAGUUUGCCCACAGUACGGCGUCGAGUGUUCGAACGUCAUUUACCUACCAGAAGGAUGGAACUUUAAAUUAGCAAAGCUAUUCAGAUCACUGGUGGUCAGGGAAAAAGAACAGCCCUUUGAAGUUGCGCAUAAACUCCCUGACUAAUACUUUUGGUGCUACCCUGUUUUUUUACAUGUACAAUACUGACGUGUAUUCUAGUACCUGUUAAUGCGACAAGUGGGACACUUUCAACGUCAUUGAACUGAGCAGUGAAAUUAAUGAUGCAAUACAUAUGCAUGUAAAUUGUUAAUUGUGACAGUACUGAGUUGUAUCGAUUGAGUUAUUGUUUUUGUUUCUUUUUCUUAUCUAAAAAUAAAGAAUCUGGAGGGAA